AUGACGUCUAAUCUAACAAUAUUGGUUUUUGCUAUUCGAGAUAAGAUUUACGGACAAAAGUUUUUUGUAGCUACUAGUGCUAUUGCUAGUGGUUACCUGAUUCUUUCUCUACCUUUGUCCAUCUUGCAUAUCAUAAGGAGCAGUGCAAGAAUGACCAGGGUUAUAUUGAUUAUAUUGGACAUGAUAAUGCUAGCUUCAUUGACAGCUGGAUCUUCUGCAGCAGCAUCUAUUGUUUAUUUGGCACACAAAGGAAAUGCCAGAGCAAAUUGGUUUGCUUUCUGUCAGCAAUAUAACUCUUUCUGUGAAAGAAUUUCUGGUUCAAUGAUUGGAUCCUUCAUUGCAAUUCCUCUCUUCAUAAUCCUAAUCCUUUUGUCUGCUCUUGUUCUAUCAAGACGUUAG